UGUAGGGUGCGUAAUGUCGUCGGGACCUUCGACAAGCAUCAGCAUGACUCCCRAGAAACACAUGCGCUUAGCACAUCCGUUUUCUCCUUGUGCAAAAUCGGUGCGGCACCAUGACGGUGAGACGUCGACCGACGGAGCAUCCAAGGAGGACUUCGAAGACGACCCGUGGAUUACCGUCGUCCCGUACAUGAAUCGGCAUAUCGACGAAUGCGACGACAAUGAUUGGAAGGCGAUGGAGCGUGCCUGCCCUUGGGCAAGCCAUUACAAGUUUGCGAACAUGUUAGAGUUCGGGAGCCUCAUUGCACUGUCUGAUGGUGUCCUCCAACCAAAAAUCCUUGACGAUAAGCGUAAAACGAUUCGCUGUCGUAGCAGGUGGAGCUGGAGCAGUCGCCUCGACCGCGAGUACAUCACAUCUUCGCCACGAACUUGGGGAAGUUCGCAGAAGCAAGAGUUGCUGGACUGCGCUCGUCAUUGUUCAUUCUUGGAACACUACCCACCUCGCUGCCCAAGGAACUCUCCACAAGCUAUAUCAUAUUGUUGUGUGCGGUUGACUCAUGACGGAUGUCCUUUCGCCACGGCGGUGAUGUCUCAGCCCGAUGUAGAUGGGCGGUCAGAUUUGGUGAGAGCAGGUCAGGUCAGAGUUUUAUCAUUGUGGUGUGAGGUGGAAGAGAAAGUGACGGACAUACGAGACUCUAUAGGGAAUUCCUUAGCACGACGAGGACGGUUUGUUAGGAUGAAAUACAUGUCCGUAUUUUUGGGCGAUGCAACGGUCCACAAACCGCAGAGCCACGUAUACGGAUCAUCUAUGAAUGCCAUGUACGGCUUCGGUUCACGACCUCGACCGCGGGAAACCCCAUAUGUCACAAGAUCUGGACGUGUUGUCAAACCUCUUGUCCAAGGGAGAAGGAGAAUCCCUCAUGCUGACAGUAGUUAACAAGCGGCGUUAUGGCAGGUACCCUUCUCCGAUUGUGGAUCUCGUGGUUGAGUGUCAGACUCUGCUCUCAAACACCCACAC